UAACAGAGACGGAGCAGCCUGAUUGGUUUGUUCCACUGGUGAAGGAAGGAUAAUCACUUGUUCGCUGUCGCACGAGCUAAGGGGAGGUAGGAACUAUCCGGCACUUUCAGGCGAAAAGGACUAGACAUUUCUAAUCACACAGCCGAGGAACUGUCAGCGAGACGCACCAGUACUAUCUUAUUUUAACCACCCAAGAAACUACAAACUUCUUUACUCUUGUGUAAGCGGGAAAAGACUCUACAACCAUGUCAGUGAACAUCUACGUCAACAGCCCUAAUGUGAAGUACACAGAUAAACACAUUGUGGCUCAGUAUGCCUAUCAGACCACAUCAGUGAAGAGAGAAGGGAACAAAGUCAUGGUGACCCCCCACACCACUGAGAUGACAUUUUGUACUGAGAGGCAUGUGCCACGGCUGGGAGUGAUGCUGGUGGGCUGGGGAGGCAACAACGGGACCACAGUCACAGCAGCUGUUCUGGCCAACAAGCUGGGUCUCACCUGGAUGACCAAGACUGGAGAGAAGGAAGCAAAUUACUUCGGCUCCUUCCUGCAGGCAUCUACUGUUUGUUUGGGGUCAAGCUUUGAGGGCGAGGUCAACGUGCCCUUCAGAGACAUCUUGCCCAUGGUGCAUCCUAAUGAUAUUGUCUUUGACGGUUGGGAUGUGUCUGCAAUGGAUCUGGGCAGUGCUAUGGAGCGAGCUCAGGUGCUGGAUUGGUCAUUACAAGAGCAGCUCCGACCACACAUGAGCGGCAUGAAACCCAGGCCAUCCAUCUAUAUCCCAGAAUUCAUUGCUGCAAAUCAAGAGAGCCGAGCCGACAAUGUCCUCACUGGCACCCUGGCAGAGCAGGUGGAGCAGAUCAGAGCUGACAUAAGGGACUUCCAUCAGUCGAGUGGAGUGGACAAAGUCAUUGUUCUGUGGACGGCGAACACCGAGCGUUUCUGUGAUAUCAUACCAGGAGUCAAUGACAACGCCAAGAACCUGCUUGCUGCAAUCCAGGCCGGAGCGGCGGUUUCUCCCUCCACUCUGUUUGCAGUGGCCAGUAUACUGGAGGGCUGCGCCUUCAUCAACGGCUCCCCACAGAACACUUUCGUCCCCGGGGCCAUAGAGCUGGCCGAGCAGAGAGGCGUGUUCAUUGGAGGAGAUGACUUCAAGUCUGGUCAGACCAAGAUCAAGUCGGUGCUGGUGGAUUUUCUGGUCAGCGCAGGAAUCAAGCCAACCUCCAUUGUCAGCUACAAUCACCUCGGCAACAAUGAUGGGAAAAACCUGUCGGCUCCGCAGCAGUUCCGCUCCAAAGAGAUCUCCAAGAGCAACGUUGUGGAUGACAUGGUCCAGUCAAACCCCAUCCUGUAUCAGCCAGGAGAGAAACCUGACCACUGUGUGGUGAUUAAGUAUGUCCCCUAUGUGGGAGACAGCAAGCGUGCCAUGGAUGAGUACACCUCUGAAAUAAUGAUGGGCGGGAUCAGUACUAUCGCCCUGCACAACACCUGCGAGGACUCUCUACUCGCCAGCCCAAUCAUCCUGGACCUGGUGAUCCUGACAGAGCUUUGUCAGCGUGUGACUGUCCGGCCCCAGGGGGAGGAGGACUUCCAGUCCUUCCACAGUGUCUUAGCACUGCUCUCCUUCUUGUGCAAAGCCCCUCUGGUCCCAUCAGGGACCCCGGUGGUCAACGCCUUCUUCCGCCAGAGAACCUCCAUAGAAAACAUCAUGAGAGCGUGCCUCGGCCUUCCUCCUCAGAACCACAUGCUCCUGGAGCACAAGCUGCAGAGAAACUUCCUGCCUCCACAAACCACCUACAGCAACGGUGAAGUAGCUGCAAUGAAAAAAGCUAUUCUCACCAACGGGAACCAUAUAUCUCUAACAAAUGGCAUCUGUGCACAUGUCGACGAUGCAGCAUGUGCAUUAUGAUUGCAACACUACAGCCCAAAAUAGAACUGAAACUUAAUACAGUUUAAAACUUAAUACCUUGUAUAAAAAGAACAAAAGCUCUCAAGCUGCCAUCGCAGAAAAAAAACAACAACAUAAAAAACUUUGCAACUUGACAUGUAUGUAUGAUGCAUUUAAAAUCAUUGGUAUUCUGUGAGUCUUGGUCUGUUGAAGAAAGGCAUGGUGCAGCUAAAUUUCCACCGUAUACAUGCAACCAGGAAUGGAGGUUAGCAAAAGAUAUGCUAUAGGUCCUGCUUUGACAGAGGCCGGUGUGAAGCCACUGACUGCGGUCACCGGAGUCUAUAUAUGACACAAAAUUAUUCAAGGCAGACUAUUUUGUUCGAAUAUUUUUUACAGAAUUACAUUAAUAUUUUUGUUAAUACAGUUGUUUCUGAAUUUACUGUUAGAUUUCUUUCAUGUGGCUUUUAACUUUAUCAAGUAGGUUUCCGUGUACAAAUGUAAAAUACAGCUGUACAGUAUAGUUCUUAGAAAUACUGUUGGUUAUAUUAUUAAUACUGUAUGUUUUACAAAAAAAUGUGGUGUUGACCUUGCAGCUCUGAAAAUGGAACAGGUAACUGUUGAUGUAGAUGGACUUGAUGAAUGAGGAGCAUAUUCUUAACCUGUAUUUUGUGUUGUUGUCAAUCACUGGCAUUUUGUAGUUUUUUCCUUUUUUUGUGUGAAACUAAAUGACAGGAAAUGUGGAUAUAGUUUUAACUAUUUUGUUGCAGAGUCACUUGGGCUAUUUAUAUAUAAUAAAUGUUUAAAUAUU